GGCCUUCACAUUAGAAUCAAAAUGGCGACCGAGACUCCACAACUUUUACCUCUUGAGCUUAUUGACAAAUGCAUAGGAUCACGGAUUCACAUCGUUAUGAAAAGUGAUAAAGAAAUUGUUGGAACUUUACUUGGUUUUGAUGACUAUGUCAAUAUGGUACUUGAAGAUGUAACAGAAUAUGAAAACACCCCAGAAGGACAACGUAUAACCAAACUAGACCAGAUAUUACUGAAUGGCAAUAACAUAACCAUGCUUAUUCCUGGUGGAGAGGGUCCAGAAGUGUGAAGCACUUGAAAGAUGUAUUUAUAGCGUUUUCUCAGAUAAUUGUUGUAUAAUAAUCAUAAGUUCCAGACAAGAAAUGACUGAUCCGAAUUGACAUGCAUGUUGUCGAUGUCAAUGAGAGAUUCAGGAUCUUUGAUUAGGGAUCUCAUAUUUCAAAGCACACUUGACCAGCCUGCAUACAUCCCUAGGGGCUGGUUGUACCAAGGGUGCAUUWAGUUAUCCAUGGAUGAGGAUUUUCCUGGAGGAUAGCUCUAUUCCCCCUUGGUGCCCACUGGUUCCUGAUCUGCCAUCAUAUCUACCUCAUUUAGUUGCAAAACUAUUUUAAAAUUAUGACUACCAAUGGAUUGGUAGUGCAAGUUUCAGUUAUAUUAACACUAUUGUUAUCUCACAAAGAAAGAAAUCCUUUGUUGUACUUUUUUUUACUUUCUCAACCAUAGAAUUUUAAAUUCUUAGGUUAACUGUCGUACUAUCUAUUUAUGUAUUU